CCGCUUUUCUCCUGAACGCCAUAUACUGCUCUCGUAGACAUACGUGGAAACAGCCAACGGGAUCCCACACUUGCAUCUUGCAUCAACCGCUCUAAAGUUCUUCACUGACCGCCGAACACAAUCACCCACAACCCUAUCCUUCCUUCAACGCACAUCCGGAAGACGACAUCGUUGAAUGCGAGUUGGAAACCCGAACUCGCACAGAAGACAUUGAUAGAACUUCCAGCAGAAGGAGCGGUGAGACGUUCGGCUUCCUUUCAGCUUCGCUUCCUCACCCAACCCGACGGUCCGUCUGUCUGACGAGCAGUCCCUUUCGUUCAAGAUGUUUAAGGUCGCUGCCCCUUGGGGCUUCCAUAGCUCGGACAUCUUUGCCUUUGAGCAGGAGAUGAAAGUCAGGGCACAGCAACGCUCCAACAUCCGACGCCAGAGGAAGCUGUUCGCACGCAACAAUCACAAGAAUCCUUUCACCUUCAGAUCCACCCAGCAACCGGGCGCCAUGACGAGUGAGGAUUGGUCUUUGGGCGUCAUUCCAGACGGUAUCCAAGACAGUUUCGAGGCUCAACAGCUUCGGAACAGAUACCUAGCUGGCACCGCGGGCAGCCCGUACGCUGACCCUGAUCAUGGCAUCUUCUUUGCCAGAAUGCAACGGCUUGAUGGUUCUUUGAAUGGCAGAAGACAAGUCAUGGAUCAAAGUCAAACGUGGCAGCCCUUUGGGGUGGCCGACACGACUGAUGUCCAGUCCAUGUUCGCCCCGAUGCCGUACCAAUACGAUAUCUCGCCUAUUGAUGGUCUUCCAUUGUCGGCUUCCAACACCUUAUGUCAUGGCAUGUCCACCUCCUCUCCUGUCUUCACGGCAUCGGACCCGGGCACUAGUUUUGGCAGCUUCUCUUCUGCGGGUGCCCCUCCCACCUUGCUCGACUCCUCUUCCUUCAAUUCGGCAGACGGCAGCACCAUCAUCACCAGCCCUUCAGACCAGUUCGAGUAUGCCAACUCACCCUUCGCCUCUUCAUCCAUGGUACCUGAGGACUUCAACGGCAUCAAGGCAGCUCCCCAAUCACCGCCCCCUUUCUCCGAGCCAAACUCCAUCCUCUUCUUCCCUACUCCACAGGAGCAGCUCGUCGAGCAUCAGCAACAGGUGGAGAGCCAACAGGCGGCAAUGAGCAGCCAUGGUAGCUUUAGGGGGGUCAAAGAUGAGCCGCCCACCCAACAGAUCAUGAUGUCCAGACCCAGAAAAGAGCUCCCCGAGAAGCCACGCUCAUCGCGAGCCGGUGAUAGCAGUUCCACUUCAUCACGUCGCAGAGCAUCUCCGGUUCGCAAGCCUGUCCCUUCUACGCACAAGACUGAGCUCCGGCCAAAGCAGCCCAAGCCGUGUCCGGCCCAGCCUUCUACGCUUGACCUCGCAGAGCGUUCAGCCAAGGACGAAUACCUGCUGAAGGCCAAGCAAGAGGGCCUGACGUACCGCGAGAUCCGGGUCAAAGGAAACUUCAGCGAGGCUGAGUCGACUCUUCGUGGACGUUAUCGCACUCUAACCAAGAGCAAGGAAGCACGGGUUCGGAAGCCUGAGUGGACGGAUAAGGACGUUCAUCUGCUCCAGAGAGCCGUCCGCAAGUUUGCCAAGGGUAGCGAUCCCGCUUCCAUCAAGAUCCCCUGGAAGCAAGUCGCCGAAUACAUCCAGAGGAACGGUGGCUCCUAUCUCUUUGGCAACGCCACUUGUCGCAAGAAAUGGGACGAGCUCGUGAUGGGUGCUUCGGGGCACCAGAUGGGUGUAUACGACGCGAUGGAGUGA